UAUUCUAACUUAAAUCUUGCUGUGCUUUGUGUAUUACUGGUGACUGAACUUGCAUACCCUCAUUCACUAUAUCUGGUCUCCCAGGACCCUGCAUUCAUUAUAUCUGGUCUCCCCGGACCCUGCAUUCACUAUAUCUGGUCUCCCAGGACCCCGCAUUCACUAUAUCUGGUCUCCCCGGACCCCGCAUUCACUCUAUCUGGUCUCCCCGGACCCUGCAUUCACUGUAUCUGGUCUCCCAGGACCCUGCAUUCACUAUAUCUGGUCUCCCAGGACCCUGCAUUCACUGUAUCUGGUCUCCCCGGACCCUGCAUUCACUAUAUCUGGUCUCCCCGGACCCUACAUUCACUAUAUCCGGUCUCCCCGGACCCUGCAUUCACUAUAUCUGGUCUCCCCGGACCCCGCAUUCACUCUAUCUGGUCUCCC